AUGACCAUGCAAGAUCUUGAUGCAUGCAAAGGAGGGGGAUGGACGCUGAUAAUGAAGAUCGAUGGCUCAAAGGUAUUAAAAGUUAAAUUUUUAAAAGCUGAUUAACUACGUGGUCGCUCAUUAACAAGCUUACUCUCCCUAUUAAGGAAAACUUUUAAUGCUAGUCAGAGCAAAAUGCAAGGAGUUCAAUGCUUACCUGUUUUAAGACUAGUAGAUGAAAUAUAUAUUCAGCUUAAGACAAAGUAUGAACAAGGAAAUGGCAGCAGUAAUAGACUAGACAAGUGAGCUCAAGCAAAGGCGUUGUGAGUGACUCACGUCAACUGGAAAUGAUGCCUUCUCCCUUUUAUCAUGCCUUAACGCUACCAAAUUUGUAUUGCUAAGUGUGUUAACUCAAACAGAGACGAUUUGGACGUAAAUCUCGGCAAAAGUACUGCCCAAGAAAAGACGUCUACUUUCGGUUGACAUGCGUCGCUCAAAAACGUCUUUGCUUAAAUUCCCCAGUGAGACCAAUUGAAGCGACUAGACCUGACUUUCAGACCAUAUUUCAGUUCCCAAAGAGAUACAACAGCAAACUGACCAACUACUCUUUGUUUCAAAUGCACCCCCCAGGACACGUUUCGUUACUAUUCUGUUCUCUGGAAGAACACAAACGACUUCAACCUUCUAGGUGGGAAGACUGGGUUGGACACUAACGAGACCAAGUUACCGACUUAUUGGAACACACCGUUUAACAAGAUCUGUCUUGGAAUGAAGGUCGAUCAGCAUUUCAAGUCUGUUGUCAUCAAACAUCAAGCCACAUCCCUGUACUCACUGAUCGAAGAUGGCAAAUACCGACCUACUUCACUGGGCCGUGACACGUGGAAGGAGCUCAUUGGGUCUCACGCCUCUUUGCAACGCAACUGUAACAAGGAGGGAUUUAACGUUCGAUGUAGCGUUGGUCGCCAUUCCAAAGCGAGAAUUGGUAUCGUUGCUAACAAUGAAGACGAUUGUGGCACCUGCGACUCCAGAAUCGGGUUUGGCACUGGAGGACAUCCUGAUGCUUCCAACACGUGUGGCAACCAGCACAUCACAGCGAUGGGAUACAUCUUGGUCCAAUAACAGCUGUAAUUCGCUGAGAAACUGUUUUCUAACCGCCGUCUAAAAAGGCAGAAGUGGGCC